CCGCAGUCUCUGCGAUCGGAACGUGAUCCUGGCUCCCGGGGUUUCACAGGAAGAAGCGAAACGAGUCUCGCCGCCUCGGCGAUGGGCUCUCCCUCCCAGUCCCGUUGUCCUCCUCGAACUGUCCCGUCGUGGCAUCCGAGCCCCUUGUCGAUGCUCAUGUUGUCCGUGGGGCCUCUUGGAGGAAGUGGCAGGAAGACGCGGGGAAAUGCUGGGUCCGUGUAGUUUGCCAACUUUGACUGAGCUUUUGAAGUACUUCAACCAUGACAAAAAGAGAAGCAGAGGAGCUGAUAGAAAUUGAAAUUGAUGGAACAGAGAAAACAGAAUGCACAGAAGAAAGCAUUGUAGAACAGCCCUACACCCAAGGUGAAUGUGUAAGCCAGGCCAUAGACAUCAAUGAGCCAAUAGGCAAUUUAAAGAAACUACUAGAACCAAGACUACAGUGUUCUUUGGAUGCUUAUGAAAUUUGUCUACAAGAAAUUCAGCUGGAUCCAGAACGAAGUUUAUUUGACCAAGGAGUAAAAACAGAUGGAACUGUACAACUUAGUGUACAGGUAAUGUCUUACCAAGGAAUUGAACCAAAGCUCAACAUCCUUGAAAUUGUUAAACCUGCGGAAACAGUUGAAGUAGUCAUUGAUCCAGAUGCUCAUCAUGCUGAAGCAGAAGCACAUCUUGUUGAAGAAGCUCAAGUGAUAACUCUUGAUGGCACAAAACACAUUACAACCAUUUCAGAUGAAACCUCGGAACAAGUGACCAGAUGGGCUGCCGCACUAGAAGGUUAUAGGAAAGAGCAAGAACGCCUUGGGAUACCGUAUGAUCCUAUACAGUGGUCUACAGACCAAGUCUUACAUUGGGUAGUUUGGGUCAUGAAGGAAUUCAGCAUGACUGAUAUAGACCUCAGCACACUCAACAUUUCAGGACGAGAAUUAUGUAGUCUCAACCAAGAAGAUUUUUUUCAACGGGUCCCUCGGGGAGAAAUUCUCUGGAGUCAUCUGGAGCUUCUUCGAAAAUAUGUAUUGGCAAGCCAGGAACAACAGAUGAACGAGAUAGUUACUAUUGAUCAACCUGUCCAAAUUAUUCCAGCAUCAGUUCAGUCUGCAACACCAACUACCAUUAAAGGUAUAAACAGCAGUGCAAAGGCAGCUAAAGUACAAAGAGCUCCAAGGAUUUCAGGAGAAGAUAGAAGUUCACCUGGGAACAGAACAGGAAAUAAUGGCCAGAUUCAACUGUGGCAGUUUUUGCUAGAACUUCUUACUGACAAGGAUGCUCGAGACUGCAUUUCUUGGGUUGGUGAUGAAGGCGAGUUUAAACUAAAUCAGCCUGAACUGGUUGCACAAAAAUGGGGACAACGUAAAAAUAAACCUACAAUGAACUAUGAGAAACUCAGUCGUGCAUUAAGGUAUUAUUAUGAUGGAGACAUGAUUUGUAAAGUUCAGGGCAAGAGAUUUGUGUACAAGUUUGUCUGUGACUUGAAGACUCUUAUUGGAUACAGUGCGGCAGAGUUGAACCGUUUGGUCACAGAGUGUGAACAGAAGAAACUUGCAAAGAUGCAGCUCCAUGGAAUCGCCCAGCCUGUCACAGCAGUAGCCCUGGCUGCAGCUUCUCUGCAAGCAGAAAAGGAUAACUGAGCCCAGGAUCUGCUGGGAUUUCAAGGUCUUUCUUAACUCUGAGAGCACGCAUUGCUCUCACCUUUAUUACUGAAUUUGAAUCUUCCUUUAUUUCUGGACUGUACAGUCUAAUGCAUGAUUUUUUUUAUAAAUAUUUCAUACUCUUGUGAAUUUGGAUCUUUUUACUUUGAGCAUAUAUUUUAGAAUAUGUUACAGGAUCACCACAAUGGCUUCAGUAUGAAGGCAGGUUCAUUGUGGGUAGUUUGUUAACAGUCAGGAAAGCUAAACUGGUCAGUAUUAAUGUCUAGCCCUACCAAAAAUAGCCAGCAGCAUCUGAGGAUGAAAAAUAAAUGAAGUAUCUUCAGGAAACAGUCUGGCUUAACUAUUUUUGAAAGUAUAACUGUUUACCCUCUCUGCUGCUUUAGAUGUUGCUUUACAUAAAACCAGAAAAUGGGACUUUAACAGCUAAAGCAUGUGUGCCUGUUUCAUCUAAUCAGGCAGAGCUAAAAUAGUCAUAUCAAAUAAAAGUAUAAUAUUAAUAAAUUACUAAACUAAUAGUAUCAAGUUAUUAAAGUAAUUUAUAUAUUUGCAAGCAAAGGACAAAGAAGUCAACUGGCAGAAGAGCAGUGCUGAAGAGGGAGACCCAGGUUUAAAUCUGGCUCAGGUUUCUGUAUAGAUUCAUAAUGUCAGGUCAAGAAUUUAAAUUAUUCUAAGAGAGGCAUUGAAUCUAAUAAACCAACUAUUACAAAAAUUUUGAAAUGAUCUCUGUUUUUCCUGUCAGAGAUCUAAAAAACCGAGAAGGUAUACCUCAGCCAGAAAAUUGGUUUGGCUUCUCUCUCUCUCUCUCUCUCUCUUUUUUUAAAUUACUCUUUCAUGCUGAUUUAUUAUGCAGAGCAGCUUACUUACAUGGUCAUUGUGUUUCUGAUGAAAUGAAGACUUUAAAUCAGUCAUCAGUACUUCACCUUUCAAGAUAUUAGGAAAUUAUUUGCAAAUAGUUUAAAAAGAAAAUUUUACCUCCAGUACAGGCAGUUUUCUCUUAAAGCAAAAUUGUCCAUUUACUUAAUUUUCUCCUUUUGAAUAUUUACAUAUCUGAGUAUACAGAUAUCUGUAUACAUGUCCACUUUACCAUUUCCUAUAAAUACAGGUAUACACAUAUAUGAAGACAUAAUAUUCAGAAGGAAAGAUAUUUCAAAAGGUAAUAACUCAUUUUUUUAAUCUUAAAAAAUUAAAUAAUUCUUUUAUAUAUGAAACUCUUUACUUACCACAAAGCUAACACUAAGCAGAAGUGGCUAGAAAUAUGUAUCUUUUUUGUUUGCUUGCUCGCUCUCUUUGCUAUCUUUUGUUUUGUUGUUUGUUUUAAGGUAUUAUGUACAAAUCCUCAUGUGAGAUACUGGCAAAUAACUCCUAAUCCUCUUAUA